AUGGUUAGUGGGGAUGAAGAUGUAGCCACAGUUUUUAAUGAUAUAGACAAAGGAAAUAUAGGAGGCAGACCUAAAGAUUCAGAGGAUGAUAAUUGUUGUAGGUUUCCUGAUUGUAAAGCAGAAAAUGAUAUGAAGGAUCCUACAUUUCAAAUAGGAAUGUUGUUUAAGAACAAAGAUGAAUUUAAGAAGGCUUGCAGAGCAUUUGGCAUUAAACAUAAGUUUCAAAUCCAUUUUCCUAGAAAUGAAGUUAGGUGCAUUGAAGCAAAGUGUUAUAAAAGUUGUGGUUGGAGAAUUUAUGCAACAAGGAGAAAUCCUAGAGAUACAACUGACUUAACAAUGCAAAUUAAGGCAGGCAAAUUCACACACACUUGUGGUAAGGACUUUAAAAACUUCCAUGUAACUGCAAAGUGGCUUGCACAACAAUAUUUAGAUGCAUUCAGAGCAGAUCCAGAAUGGUCUAUAAAUGGACUAAUUAAUAGAGUGAAGAAUGAUUUGAGCUUUACAAUUGGGAAGAUGAAAGCUUGGAGAGCAAGGGUCUGGGCAAUAAAGACACUAAAUGGGGAUGAGAAGGACCAGUAUGCCAAGUUGUAUGGGUAUAAGGAGGAACUAAUUAGGACUAAUCCAGGGAUGAUAGUUGAAUUUCAAACAGAGAAAGGAAAAUUUGAGGGCAUAUAUAUAUGUUUAGCUGCUUUGAAAAAUGCCUUUAAUGAAGGACUUAGAAAGUUGAUAUGCUUGGAUGGUUGUUGCCUAAAAGGGACUCAUGGAGGUCAACUGUUAUCUACAGUAGCUAUAGACCCUAAUGAUUGCAUCUUCCCCCUAGCAUAUGCUGUUGGAUUGAUUGGAGCUGUGAGUGAGUUAUUCCCUAAUACUGAAUAUAGGUUCUGUGUUAAACAUCUCUACACUAAUUUUAGGGGAAGAUUUAAGGGUAAGGAAUUGAAAGACCUGUUGUGGAAUAUUGCUAGGUCUGCAUAUACAGCUAGGAUGGAUUAUUGGUUGGAGAUGAUUAGAUCUAAGCUAAUGAAGCAGUUGUUUAAGAAGAAGGAAGAUAUUAAAAAAUGGAAUGGUGGGAUAUGUCCUAAAAUACAGAAGAAGUUAAAUGAGAUGAAAGAGUUGUCUUGCUUGUUUGAAGCACACUUCUCUGGAGAACCAAAUGUGCAAGUAUUGGGUGCUGGAACCCAGUAUGUUGUUAGCUUAGUUGAAAGGACUUGCACAUGUAGAAGGUGGGAUUUAAAUGGGACACCUUGUGCACAUGCUUGCUCAGUUAUCUUUGGCAAUAAUGAGCAUCCAGAAGAUUAUAUACAUGAGUGUUAUAAAGUUGAUACUUACGCAAAAGUUUAUACCCACUAUAUUAAUCCUAUUAAUGGAUAUGAGAUGUGGUCUAGGCCAAGCACUAGGUAUUCUUUUACACAUCCAGAUCCAAUUGAGAAAAAAAUAGGUAGGAAGAGGAAGGCGCGAAAAAAGGAGGCUAAAGAGCUUGAACAUGCAUAA